GCAUCGCUUCCGGGAUCCGUCAGUCGCUGCUCUUCGUAUCCCAUAGCGAGAGGGAAAAUGUCGGCGCGCUGUCGACGGGGCUUGUCGUGCCGCCAGUGAAUAAGCUCGCUUAAAACACGUCACGACGAUCGCAUCGCUGCCCCGACAACCCUGACUUUUCGAAAUCUCACCCAUAAAGCGAGCCCAUACGCCAGGGGGUCGGUCCGUACCCUCGUUUCGACUCGCGACCUUCGCGCGCACGAGAUAGAAAGAGAGAGAGGCAGCGCGCGCGAGAGAUCGCGGGGAACGGUGGAGCAAGCGAAAGAAACGGUGGGAGAAAGAGGAGGACGGAGAGCAGGUGCAAAAUCUACACCGUCGUGUAGAGGUCCCCGCGCGUAAGGGAAGAGCCAGACGGAGUGGAGGUGAAAGAGAAGGCAUACGGUGGAGAGCAGUGACAUGGCGUCGUUGGCGAUGUCAAUAGCGAAGAAUGAGUUCAUUGUGGGUGGCAAGUACAGAUUGAUGAGGAAGAUCGGCUCGGGCUCCUUCGGCGACAUUUACCUCGGCAUCAACAUCUCUAAUGGCGAGGAGGUUGCAGUUAAAUUGGAAAACAUGCGAGCCCGACACCCGCAGCUUCUAUAUGAAUCAAAGCUGUACAAAAUAUUACACGGUGGUAUAGGAAUACCACACAUACGUUGGUAUGGCCAAGAACGUGAAUACAACGUUCUCGUUAUGGAUCUUCUUGGCCCAUCUUUGGAAGAUCUUUUCACUUUUUGUUCAAGAAGGUUUACAAUCAAGACAGUCUUAAUGUUGGCAGAUCAGAUGAUUGGUAGGAUUGAGUAUGUCCACUGCAAACACUUUAUUCACAGAGAUAUAAAGCCAGAUAAUUUUCUAAUGGGGAUUGGUCGGCACUGUAAUAAGCUAUUCCUUAUCGAUUUCGGAUUGGCUAAAAAAUAUAGAGAUAGCCGCACAAGACUGCAUAUAAUAUACCGUGAAGAUAAAAAUCUAACGGGUACUGCAAGGUAUGCUUCUAUCAACGCGCAUCUUGGAAUUGAACAGAGUCGUCGCGACGACAUGGAAUCACUCGGCUACGUUCUUAUGUACUUUAAUCGUGGAUCAUUACCUUGGCAAGGUCUCAAAGCCGCGACGAAGAAGCAAAAAUACGAGAAAAUUAGUGAGAAAAAAAUGUCCACACCAGUCGAAGUCUUAUGCAAGGGAUUUCCUGCCGAAUUUGCAAUGUAUUUAAAUUAUACGCGAGGCUUACGUUUUGAAGAAAGCCCGGACUACAUGUAUUUACGCCAACUUUUCCGCAUACUUUUCCGUACAUUGAAUCACCAAUACGAUUAUACAUUUGACUGGACAAUGUUGAAACAAAAGGCAGCGAGUAGUACCAUUAGUGGUGGAGUGUCAACAGCUGGACCAGGUCUCUCUCAAGGUACUCAAGGUGCUCAAGGGCAAGGACAAGGUCAAGGUCAAGCACCUACUCAGGCCAACACUCAAUCAGGAGCGCGCUAAGACUAUAACUCCUCAUUGUAGCAACAAUCUUGAUCGCUAUCACUAAAGUGUUUCAAACGAGGUACCGAAUUUCUUGCAGAAGUUAUCAUUCGAAGAGUCGUAUCAGUCAAUGCUCGAGAGCGCAAUGUUUGUGACUAUAAAUACAAUAUUUGCGUAUAUGUGAAAUAUAAUUGUAUUACAUAAUUAUUCAAUCCCAUUAGAAUUGCUGCAACACCAACGAUUUAGAGUUUUGGCUGAUGCAACUUUUUGUAUUGGGUAACCAGAGUGAGAGACCACUCAGUCAAAAAGUGGCUUGUUCUUAUUUUGUUAUUACGUAUUUAAUUUCCCGUUGGUAUAAAUCAUUGAAAAAAAUAAAGGUUUUGUUGCCCUGAGGAAGAUUGUAAAGGAGUGCACGUGUUAUCGAUUUUGAAUACAAAUAACGGGUGAUUUAAUUCGUGAAAUUGUGCAACUUUCAUGGAGAGAAAGAGAGGAUAGUCAGACCAUUCUUGGAAUGCUCACGUUAAUUUGCGGAGCGUGGUGUAAAAUUUUAUAUCUAUUCUACAAACAGAAAAUAGAGAUAUGAAAAAUAUAUGAGUGUUUGUUUUGUGAGAGCAUGGAUAUUACUGUUAAGCAAACUGACAUAUUCUGCUUCCUAAAUUUUGUUUUGUCUUCAAUAUAUAGUGUGAGCAUACUAGAUCUGUGAAGUUGGCACGACAUUCUGUUCAUAUAAAAAAAAGUAAUUAUUAAAGUUUUAGUAGCAUUUUCCAUAGGUCUCGAGUUCUUUAUAAAAAUGAACAAUAUUUAUUUUUGUACUUAUACGAAUCAUUUCUUUAUACUUUAGAAGGGGAUAUAUUCGUGAUAAAUUCGCGAAGAUAGCACGUUUUUUCUUUUCUUUUUUUUUUUUAAUUGUGCAAAACUAUUGUUAAUUUCUAGAGAAUUCGAGAACUGGAAAUGUUACUAAAACUAUAAUAAUUUUUUUUUAUAUGAACAGAAUGUCAUGCCAACUUCACAGACCCGAGCGUAUGUGGAAUGUUGAGAAAGUGUUAAUAUUUUUCUUAUCAAGGAUAAUAUGCGCGUUUCAAUAGUAUCAAAGGAGCAUUACAUAUACCUUUGAUACGUUUGAUCGGAAUAACUUUUUUUAUAUAAAUGAACAAUUACGUCUCUCUUCGAUAUUAUAUUGACAAGUUAAAAUAAUAUUAAAGAUACCUUAAUAUUAAGGCAAUACUCUAACUUUUAAGCAGGUACCGUACUGUAUCGAGUAAUGAGUACUUCAUCGAGAAAGGAACAAACGACUAUUGUAGAAAUAUCCCUUGAUUUACUCUCUUUCUGUCUAUGAAGAUGUUUAUUACGAUUGCAGAAGUAAGAAUGUCAAUGAAUAAGAAAAGAGAGAAGAAACUUUGAAUAGUGGGAAGUAGUUACAAGCUUACUUUCAUCUAGAUAAUAUAAAAAAAAGUUAUCUCGCUCGGAAAGUAUUCCUGUAACUCUGAGGCUGUAGCUGGAUAAUUCUUCCGUAUAUAGUUUUAAUAGCUGAGACUGUGCAGUAGCUAUUUCACGUGCUGUUGCUUCAAGAUUAAGUUUGAUAUUUUGUAUACAUAUUAAGGGACUUCAUAUCUCAUCAUGACCAACGCGCGUUCUUCGUACACACAUAUGCAUAUACUGAGAGAAGUCGCCUCGAACAGUCAAAAUACUUAUUGAUAUAUCGGCAAUUGCUAAAGAAACUAUUAUUUCUAUUCAUAUCGUUUAAGAUUUUAGUUGUAUCAUUCAUUCUAGUUACUAAAUUCUUCACGUCCAUAUUCUGCGAGCAUUAAUUCCAAAAGAAUGUUUAUGAUUAUAUACCUUUAAACGAAUAAUAUUAGUAUGCGUCACACGUCCUCGUGGAAGGUACUACCAAUCGUCCGGUCAGCUUUAAGUACGAUUGCGAUGAUGAAUUCAACUGAAAUCUUAAAGCUUAUUAUAUCUGAAGAAGCGGAUUAUGCUGCCUGGCAGGACGCUUUUGAGAAUAUGAAAAUGAUAUAAUCAAUAACCAUCCUCGAUUGAAUGCGUGAUUGAUUCUAAUUAUUAAAAGGGGAUAUAAAUGAAAGUGUAAAAGUGCGCAUCAACAUGUGAGAAUGAAUGAGCGAGUAAGUUAAUAAAAUAACUAACGAUAUAUGCACUUAAAUACUAUCCGCUGUGUGUAUGUGCCUAUGUGUACACGUACACGGUAUAUCGCAAAAUGUAUGUGUAAUAUAUAUGCACAUAUACAUUGUCUGUAUGUAUAAUAAAAUUGUGACAGUAAUUAAGACAUACUCCCUUAUUUCAUAAAUAUUUGAGGAAAUGCAUCAACGGUUUACUGCUCCUUUUAUCUCUACAAAUAAAAAAACUGGAAUAUUGUACUAUACAUUUCUGUUUCAUUAAAUGUUAAUCUUGCUA